UGCCGCAUCACAAUCCCCACCAUUGCAUCAUCAGUUUCUCAGCUCAAUUGAUCAAGAAGGUCCACAAACAUCACUUCCACAUCUUACUCCAUUCAUGGACAACAUAGAACACCAUCAUCAUGAAGAUCAAAAAAGUAUGACAAACAAGAGGUAUAGGCCCCUCUUGUUUCUAAAUUAUGUUUUGCUCUUUGUGGGGUCAGUCUCCUCUAGUUUGCUCACAAAAUAUUACUUUAACCACAAAGGAUCUAGCAAAUGGGUCUCUUCAUGGGUCCAGUGUGCAGGUUUUCCCUUCCUAGUCAUUCCCAUUUUUCUCCCAAGUCUCCUCAAUUACACUGAGAGGAAGCCCUUCUCAGAUUUCACUCCAAAGAUGUUAUGGUAUUCAUUUUGUGUUGGUGUUAUGUUAGGGUUUAAUAACCUUCUGUACUCAUGGGGUGUGGCAUAUCUCCCAAUCUCAACCUCAGGAAUUCUCUUAUCCUUUCAGCUUGCUUUCACCCUCAUUCUCUCAGCCAUCAUUGUAAAACAAAAAAUCACAUUUUCAAAUCUUAAUUCUAUGAUCCUCAUCACCAUGAGUUCCGCCAUUCUAGCCUUUAACUCUAGUCACGAGAAGUCAGAAGGGCUAACCCAAAAGGACUACAUCAUAGGGUUCUCUUGCACCAUAGGUGCAAGCUUCUUGUUUUCCUUGUACUUGCCACUGAUGGAGAGGAUCUACGAGAGGGUUUACUGCUACGAAAUGGUGAUGGAGAUGCAGAUCAUAAUGGAGAUUGCGGCCACGGCGUUAGUCACUGGAGGCAUGGUGUACAAAGGAGGGUUUUCUGAGAUGAGGGAAGAAGCUGAGAGGGUUUUUGACAAGGGAUCCACUUUUUACUGGUUGACGGUUGUGUCAAGUGUGGUGACAUGGCAGUGUUGCUACAUGGGAACUGCAGGGUUGGUCUUUCUCACAUCUUCAGUAACUGGAGGGGUUUCUGCUAAUGCUUUGUUGUCCCUGAAUGUGUUGGCAGGGUGGUUUGUGUACCAUGAUGCCUUCAAUGGUUUUAAGAUUGUGGCCACUGUUUUGUGCAUUUGGGGCUUCUGCUCUUAUGUCUAUUGCAUGUACUUUAAAAGGAGGCAAGAGGAGGCAGCUGAAAGAAGGAACAGCAGUGGUGGAUCUACCACAGAGUUGGUAGUUAAAUAGAACUUGGAUAAUGUGACUUGUUGAACUAUAGAACUUGGAUAAGAAGUGGUAGUGUGUGGUGCUAUAGUACCUCAAUAAUUCCAAGCUCUGGUGUAGUUAAAUAGUUUGGCCAAGACUCAAAUUGUUGAACAAAACUUUUAUGCAGUUUAUUAACUGUUUUGCUAUUUAUUUUCUAAUGAGAAUUGAAGUUUUGCCAAAA